CAUCCGAGGGCCACCGAGCCGGCAGACACGCCUGCGCUGUCUUGCUUGGCCGUGCCCGUAGCCCACGAGCAGUCGAGCGCAACGCUGCAGCUGCCGGUCCGUGCUCGGUCGUGUGGCCACCUGCCGGCCUGCGUCUGCCAAAAUGAAAACACUCCGAACCGCAUCAGCGUCGCAUUGGGACGUGAAGGAGAGAGAGAGCAGCAAGGACGGGUUGACGAUCAGCGCAAGAGGCAGCCUGCUGAGCACGAGGAUCAGGAUUCCAUGCAGGGCCCGUCCCCUCCGGCUUGCCUCAGGUACGGCGAUAUGCCCGUUGCUGCCGAUACCGUUCCUGCGGCGAAGGAGAAGCAGACGGGCAGCCUUCUCUCCACCUCGCACGGCUCGCAGCACCAGCACCAGAUGCGGGCGCUGCGGCAGGCGGCGGCGGCGCCUGCAGCUGUCUGCGGCGCGGCCGGCCGCGUACUCCGAGCUUCGGCGCCGCUGGAGAGUCUUGCCCAACAAUUAUCCGAGGGCCGGCGGCAGCGCAGUCGUUUUGUCAAUGCCCUGGCUGCGCUGCUGCACUGCGGCGCUGCUGCCGUCUGUGCUGGUCUUGAGAUGCGCGGCUGCCCGUGAGCGCGCUGCCGACGCCGGAUCGCUCGGCGUGCCUCGUCACGCCGGCGUCGGCGGAGCACGAAGCUCGGCGCGCAUCGCGUGAGGGCCGCUGUGCGCGCCUUGUGUUGCGCAUCCUUGCGUCCCUGUACUUGCAUGGCAGCAAAGAAGGCGCCAGGGUCGCGCUGAGCGAUGCGCAAGCUGCUGCUGAUGCGAUGAC